ACCAACCCGGACCGUGUUUCUGACGGACAACAACAACUGAGUGCUCGCUGUAGCAUAAACCAGGAACCUGUCGUAACUUCGUGAAAUCUGGGAUUUAAAUAAAUUGUCAAUCAGACCUUUGUGGUGAAAGCGUUUCAGUACACGGAUAAAUGUCUGAAGCAUCAGAACGUCCUAAAAAAGAAGAAGAAGAGGAAGAAGUUACGGCUGAACCCGAGGAGGACUCGGACGACAGCAGUGGAGAAGAGGCUGCAGGAAACACAGAGAUGGACUUCCUGCGUAACCUCUUCUCCAGCACGCUGGGCCUCGGAUCACCAGAGAAAGUUCUGGAUGAUCUGACUCUGGAGGGAGUGGCACGAUACAUAAAGAGCGGCAAAUGUAAAAACAUCAUCUGCAUGGUUGGAGCCGGAAUAUCCACAUCGGCUGGGAUCCCUGAUUUCCGCUCACCAGAAACUGGGCUGUACGCAAACCUGCAGAAAUAUAACCUGCCUUACCCUGAGGCCAUCUUCCAGAUCGAUUACUUUAAGAAACAUCCAGAGCCUUUCUUCGCCUUGGCCAGGGAGCUUUACCCAGGACAGUUUAAGCCGACAAUCUGUCACUACUUCAUGAAGCUGCUGAAGGACAAGGGUCACCUGAGACGCUGCUACUCUCAGAACAUCGACACCUUGGAGCGAGUGGCCGGAUUAGAGGGAGAGGAUCUGAUAGAAGCUCAUGGAACGUUCUUCACGUCUCACUGUGUCUCCUGCAGCAAGGAGUUCAACCUGGACUGGAUGAGAGAUCAAAUAUUUUCUGACGACGUUCCCCGAUGUGAUGGGUGCAGCAGUUUGGUGAAGCCAGACAUCGUCUUCUUUGGAGAGAAUCUACCUGUCCGGUUUUUCACUUCAAUGAAGAUGGACUUUCCUCGCUGUGAUCUGCUCAUCGUCAUGGGAACGUCUCUGCAGGUCCAGCCGUUUGCAGGUUUAGUCGGCAGAGUUUCUAAAAGUUGCCCCAGACUGCUCAUAAACAUGGAGAAGGCCGGGCAGGCGGAUCCUAUGCUCGGGCUGCUGGGUUUUGGAGGAGGCAUGGACUUUGAAUCAGACAAAGCGUACAGAGAUGUAGCUCACAUCAGUACAUGUGAUGACGGCUGUUUGGCCCUCGCUGAGCUGUUGGGAUGGAAG